AUGAAUCUAUCCAAACCUUCUUCUUCCUCUUCAGCAUCAGAUGCACCCGGUCUUUUGUAUGCUGGAUUUAAUCAAAAUUUUGGUUGUUUCGCGGUUGGUCUGGAACACGGAUUUAGGAUCUACAACUGUGAUCCAACUAAAGAGAAGCUGCGGAAGGAGGAAGGCGGUGGUAUUGCGAUAGUAGAAAUGCUCUUCCGGUGCAAUUACCUGGCAUUGGUUGGCGGAGGGAAAAAUCCAAAAUACGCUCCGAAUAAAGUUAUCAUAUGGGACGAUUACAAAGAAAAACCUAUAGUGGAAAUGGAAUUCAGAAACGAAGUGAAAAACGUAAAGUUGAAAAAGGACAGAAUCGUCGUGGUUCUCCAAAACAAAGUCUUUGUCUAUCGCUUUGAUGCAAUGCCCGAGAAACUGCACACAUUCGAAACAAUAGACAAUGAUAAAGGCCUUGUGGCUCUAUCCUCGUCGCAUUCUCAUGCAAUUCUCGCCACUCCCGGGCGACAGAAAGGACACAUUCAAAUCAUUGAUCUAAACACAACCCAUCCUAUUACCGUCAGUGGCAAUACAAACGGUACUACGUCAACGAGUAUAGGUCAACAUAGGCGUUCAUUUAGUGAUCAUAGGUCAGAAGAAACAACGAAAGUAAGAGGGCAAAGAACAGGGAGUACAACUUUUAUGUCAACAAGCAUCAGUUUUAUCCCAGCACAUACGAAUAAAUUAAGUUGCCUGGCUCUAAAUGAGGAUGGAAGUAAAUGUGCUAGCGCUAGCGAGAAGGGCACUCUUAUCCGCGUGUUUGAUACAGCAUCGGGGAAGUUGUUGAACGAGUUGCGUCGUGGAUUAGAACGUGCAGAAAUUUUCAGUAUCGCGUUUAGUCAAGACUCGAAGCGUCUAUGCGUCUCUUCAGACAAGGGUACUGUACACGUGUUCAAUCUGUAUGCCGAUAUGGAGAAAGGACCCGGUCCCGUUGACAAUGGCAAGGCUUACUAUGGAGAAGUGGUCGUAAACUAUGCCUCAGUCGAGUGGAAAUCGGCAGUCGAGACCUACUUCCCAAAUACUUCUCGUCCGAGUGGUCAUUUGCUCACUUCAAGACUGAUUGUCGAUGCAUUUGUGGUUUUGGUCAGGAAGGCCAUAGCAUCCUUGCUAUCUGUGCAAAUGGCAUCUGCUACAAAUACCUCUUUGAUGAAAGAAGAGGAGGUGAAUGUACUCGGGUGGAAGCUGAGGAUUUUCUCAAGGAUCAAGAAGACUAACGUCGUGAGGCAGGAUGCUUGA